UGAAGGGCGGAGCUGUGUUCAGACAGCCCUUAGUCCAGUGGAUCACUAACUCUGUCCUGUGUAAACUUGCAUCUCCAUGAUCAUUCUCUACUUCUUUUUCUACUGCUCCAAUAGCAAUGUGAUUUAAAAAAAAUAGUCUCUAGUAGUGUCUUUUUUUUUUCCCUCUGUGAUUAUUUGGCUGUGGCGUGGAGGGAAAAACACAGCAGCUGGAACAGAGCUCUGUGAAGUGUUCAAGUGGAAACUGCAAUGUGCCUGGAAGAGUCACAGGGAGAAUGAGACUCCGAAGAGACGAGCUUCAAUGAGAUAAUGUUUUCAUACAUUAGUGGACGAUGGAGGAGAUGGAAGUUCUGGAAUGUUCUCCAAGUCACGCUGUUUCUGUUAUACAUUGCGAGAACAGCAGUGCUGAGCUGCCAGGGUGAGUGUGAUGAAAUGCUCAUGGGAUCCAGUGGGGUCUUUACGUCGCCAUGCUACCCAAACGACUACCCAGCUAGCCAGAUUUGUACAUGGACACUGCAGGCUCCGGCCGGCUUUGUCCUGCAGCUCACUUUCCUUGACUUCGAGCUCGAGGAGGCACAAGGCUGCAUCUAUGACAGCGUCGUUGUCAACACUGGUGCGAGCAGCGUUAAGUUUUGUGGCCUGACGGCCAAUGGACUCACACUCAACUCCAGCACCAAUGUCAUGGUGGUGUCCUUUCAUUCUGAUUUUAGUGUCCAGAAGAAAGGCUUCAGUAUCAGUUACAGGCAAGUUGCAGUGGCUCUGAGAAACCAGAAGGUGACGGUGCCUCAGAAGUUCAGUGACGUGGUGCGAGUGUCAAGCUCAGUGUCCAUCCCGACUCUGAGUCAGUUCACAGUAUGCUUUGAGAUUGCCGGUCAGUCACAGACAGGAUCAGUGUUCAUCUUCUCUUAUUCAGAUACAAACCCUCACUUGAGCUUCGGCAAGAGUGGGAACAGCAUGGAACUGAACAUAGGGACGGUCAAGUGUCCAGUCGGCAAUUUGGUCACAUUAGCUGACUUUAUUUCAAGCAUGCAGCAGUUCUGCAUCACAUGGUCCAAUACGAAUGGUGCCGUGGCUGUGUACUUCAAAGGCACCUACCAAGUGGCCCUCUGUCCUGACUCUAUUCACAUGACAAUAGACGCUGGAGGUUCCUUUGAGCUUGGCAGAGGGAAAGAGAAUGGCCAAAACUUCAAUGGUCUCAUCUACAACUUCCGUCUGUGGAGUUCAGCCAUGACCUUCUCUGAGCUUUCUGCACUUACCUGCGAUGCUGUAGGAAAUGUGGUGGACUGGGACAACAGCUUCUGGGACAUCCCAGCCUCGUAUGCUCAAACAGACUCCAGUCUCAGCUGCAGUACCGCCAUGCCAGCUACCACUUCCCAAACCACCAGCUGUGCGUCUCCAGGCGUGGGCUGCCCAGAUCUUUCGAUAACCAUUUCAUACACGACCACUCCUAUCAUUUCUUUAACUGCAACCACUGCUGCUGCUACUAACCCACUACCCAACCAUGCACAGAAUGAGUUUACCUACUACAGGAUUUCUUUAAUUGUCUCAGAUGACCAACACAUCACAGAUGAAUCCAUAGCACAAUGGUUGAACCAAACAUUCCAGGACUGGAACCACACUAUUUAUGUAACUAAUAUAAGCACUCUACCUAGCACUGACUCCUCUAGUACUACAAGCAAUAGAUACACUUGUAAGGCCCUGCUGGUGUACAGAAAUACAACAGGCAAACUUCUGACAGAUGCUGACAUCCAGAACAGGCUCAAGAACGUUCCUGCAACCAGAUUUACUCUAGAUAAUAUAGCUGUAAAUGCAAUUGAAAAUUGUCAGGUGGAAGAGACUCCACUGCAUUAUAAAUGGCCAGAGAGCAGACCAUCAGUCACACAUUACAUUCCCUGCUUCCCUUACAAAGAAGAGAAUGCAUCUAGGACAUGCAUGAUCAGCCCAGAAAAUUAUUCAUCAUUUUGGGAUCAGCCAGACCUCGUGAACUGCAAAGAUAUAGAAGACAUUGAAGUUUCACAAGAAAAUGCUGCAGAGAUAGCUGUUCAACUUGCUGACAUCACAAACAAUGAGCUUUCCACUGUGGAGCUGUCAAAGGUUGUUACUGUCGUGACGAAGCUGGUGAAUGUGGCCCGAAUUAAUGUCACCUUGGCUUCUACUGUGAUCAACAUCAUUUCCAACGUGAUGAUCAGCUCAGAGUCCGUGCAGCUGGCUGCCUCAGAUAUGGCACUGAAAACCAUGGACAAGCUUGUGCAGAAGAUUGAGUUUGAUGGUCCUUCCCUGACCAUCACAUCCAAGAACCUGGUAGUGGGAAUCUCUGCUGUCAACACUAGCAGUUUUAGUGGAGCCAAUUUCAGUGUCUUUAUGGCUCUGAAUUCCUCAGACCCUCAGAUUGAUUUUGAAUCAGAGAUCCAUAAUUCCUUAGCUAGUGUCUCACUACCUGCCACUUUGCUUCGUAACCUGAGUGAGGCUGACAUUGAGAUCAUCUCCAGAAUUAACUUCAUGUUCUUCAGCAAAACAGGGCUGUUCCAGCAUUUUGGAUCAUUAAUGGAUCAGCAGAAUAACGGCCUGUCCUUGAACAGUUAUGUGGUGGCCAGCAGUGUGGGAAACUUGUCCAUCAGUGAGCUUGAAGACCCUAUCCGAAUAGAGAUCGCCCAUCUGCAGCCUCAGCGGAAUCAAAACCGAUCGUGUGUGUUUUGGGAUUUCAGCAUGAAAAAUGGCACUGGAGGCUGGAACAGUGAGGGAUGUCAGGUCAGCCCUGAGUCCAGCAGCAACAAAACAGUCUGCCUGUGUAACCACUUAACACAUUUUGGUGUUCUGAUGGACCUGAGUGGAGCUGCACUAUAUAUCAAUGAGGGGAACACCAAGAUUCUGACAUUUAUCACGUACAUUGGCUGUGGCAUUUCAGCGAUCUUUUCAGCUGUAACAAUCUUAACUUAUGUUGCCUUUGAGAAAUUGCGGCGAGAUUACCCAUCCAAGAUCUUGAUGAACCUGAGCACUUCGCUAUUGUUCCUCAACAUGACAUUCCUCCUGGAUGGAUGGCUGGCUUCCUAUGAUAAGCAGGGUCUGUGCAUGGCUGUGGCUGCCUUCCUGCACUUCUUCCUGCUUACCUCAUUCACCUGGAUGGGCCUCGAGUCCAUCCAUAUGUAUAUUGCCCUAGUCAAGGUCUUCAACACCUACAUCCGGAGGUAUAUCCUCAAGUUCUGCAUUGUUGGAUGGGGCCUUCCAGCUGUAAUUGUAGCCCUUGUGGUGGCUGCAGACAAAAAUUCCUAUGGAAAGGAGUUUUAUGGCAAAGGAGUAAAUGGCCAAGGAUUGUCAGAAUUCUGCUGGAUUCGGAACAAGGUUGUGUUCUACGUGACAUGCGUGGCCUACUUUUGCAUCAUCUUCCUCUUGAACGUCGCCAUGUUUAUUGUGGUGAUGAUGCAGAUCUGUGGUCGGAACGGAAAGCGCAACAACCGCACACUUCAGGAGGAGGUGCUACGUAACCUGCGCAGCGUAAUCAGCCUCACCUUCCUCCUGGGCAUGACAUGGGGCUUUGCCUUCUUCGCUUGGGGCCCUGUCAAUCUGGUGUUUAUGUACCUCUUCUCCAUUUUCAACUCCCUGCAAGGGUUAUUCAUCUUUGUAUUCCAUUGUGCUCUGAAAGAAAAUGUGCAGAAACAAUGGAGGAGAUAUUUAUGUUGUGGAAAGUUACGCUUGGCAGACAAUUCAGACUGGAGCAAGACUGCCACAAACAACACCAAGAAGGUGAGCUCCGAUAACAUAGGGAAGUCACUGUCCUCCAGCUCGUUUGGAUCCACCACAGUCAACUGGACAUCCAAGGCUAGGGUCACACUCAACCCUUUUGUAAAGCGACACAGCAGUUCAGGUAAACCUUAUUCAAACCAGGCUGGCCAGAAGUGCAGCACUUCUGAUUCAGAUGCCUCCACCUCCUCCAUUCUACCUGUUCACCAAGUUCUGGACAAGGUGAAAGGCUACUGUUCUGUGCGCUCUGACAACUUUUACAAAAAUAUAAUUCUGUCCGACAGCUUUAGCCACAGCACUAAAUUUUAGAUGGAGAGAGAAAGGACACUGGGUAAUGACUUAUGUCAGAUCAGCAGGAUGCUUAGCACAUCAUAUGUAUACUGUAUCAUAUUGAGCUAACCAACCAGAAAUGUCAUAGAGAAUUACAUAAUCCUUUAAAUAGGAAAAGGUAAAGGAGUGUAGUUUACAUACUGUGAUGUUCAAACUGACUUUUUGUGUUCUGUAAAUAUCCAUGGUAUAUUUAACUGUAUGUUGUUUUUUUUUUCUAAUUGUCAUUUGUUAUGCGGUGGUUUUUGGGGUUUUUUUGUUUUGUUUUUUUUUGAACAUGAUUUUGAGUCCACUUUUUGUAUAUACAUAGCAAUGUUCUUUUAUUUAUAAUACUGCUUCAUGGGAAAUAAAAAUGUGUGACGAUUUUGCCUCCAAAGACUUGUAACAUGAGGGAUGCAUAGUUACUGAUUUGUUUGUACCUGAAAGGAACAAGUUGAAUCCAAACAUAUUCUAUAAUUGUUCUAUUUGUUUUCUUUCAUUAACAAAAGAAGCCAAGUAAACUUUCCCACUCUUUUACUACCACCUAAAUAUUGUAUAUUUUGCCACCGUUUGUAAAUGUUUAAGGUUUUUGUAUCUUUAUUUAUACUUCUGCUUCAUUGUAAAUAAAAAUGCAGGACGAUCUUGUCCCCAAAGAUUUAUAA